UCGAUUUAUCUUUUAGGCAGUGAUUGCGUUCCGUCAUCUAUCCUUUGGGCAGGGGAUAAAGUUUGGCUCGCUUGCGAUCUUAUGAUUAUUUUAUGUCAAACAGUGCUAUACAACCGCGCUAUUUGUCAGUUGGGGCUCUGCGCAUUUCGGCACGGUUUUAUCAGAGAAGCGCAUAACGCACUGUCAGAGCUGCAGAACGGCGGUAGGGCGAAGGAACUGCUGGCACAGGGCAUGGUCAUGCGCAACCAGGAUAAAACUGCAGAGCAGGAAAAGCUCGAGAGACAGCGUCGAAUACCGUACCACAUGCAUAUCAAUCUUGAGCUGACGGAAUGUGUCUACUUGAUCUGUGCAAUGUUGCUUGAAAUUCCCCAAAUGGCAUCAAAGGAAUUCGAAGUUCGACGUCGUCUUAUAAGUCGUUCGUUUCACUAUCAGCUGAAGCAGUCUGAACGGCAGUGUUUGCUUGGUCCUCCGGAGAAUACGCGUGAACAUGUCGUGGCAGCUUCCAGGGCACUUUUGAAUGGUGACUGGGAAGCGUGUCGAGACUUCAUAAUUAAUCCCAAAAUGAAUGCAAAGGUGUGGAAUCUUUUCCAGAACAGCGAUCGCGUCAAGGAGAUGGUCGUUCGGCACAUUCAGGAAGGAAGUUUGAAAACCUAUUUAUUCACCUACUCUUCUCUCUACGACUCAGUUUCUCUCAUCAAACUUGCCGAUAUGUUUCAAUUGGACAAGAAAUCGGUUCAUGCUAUAAUAAGCAAAAUGAUCAUCGAAGAGGAGCUGUCCGCGAGCCUUGACGAACCAGCACAGUGUAUCGUGAUGCAUCGCGUUGAGCCAAGUCGUCUACAGACCCUCGCUUUGCAGCUGACCGAAAAGCUGAACAAUUUGGCCGACAGCGUCGAGCAGACCAUAAGUAACCAUGCAUUCUUUUUUGAAGUAACACUGCAUCACCUGGUUUUAGGUCCUGGUUCACGCACGGUCGGUUUCAAUUGGGGCAUUCAGCGGUCGCAGAAUAACCCGCAAGACGACAGAGGUUCGUUUUGUUUCUUCCUGUGA